AUGGCCAAAAUAAUUCACAUAGCAAUUUUUUCACUCCCUACAUAUAGUCACCAAGCCUCCAUUAUUGAGUUCUGCAAAAAACUCCUUCAUCUCCAUCAGCAAUUUCAUGUCACUUGUAUCUUUCCCACCAUUAGUUCACCCAUCCCCGCCACUGUCAUUUUACUUAAAUCCCUUCCUUCUACCGCAAACUGCAUUUACCUCCCUCCUGUGAAUGAAGAAGACCUACCCAAAGAUGCUCCCUUAGCCAUGCAAGUCCAACAUGCAGUGUCUCAAUCCUUAUCAUCUUUCCGUGACACAUUGUCAUCACUUCAUGCAACCACACCACUUGCUGCUUUGGUUACUGAUGUUUUUGCAAACGAAGCAUUAGAAAUAGCAAAGGAGUUCAACCUCUUGUCAUACAUAUACUUCACUACUUCUACCAUGACACUUUCAUUGUUAUUACAAUUUCCAACAUUACAUGAGAAAGUUUCAGGUGAAUAUCCAGAUCACAUAGAGAGUAUUCAAAUUCCAGGCUGUAUGCCUAUUCGAGGACAUGAUCUCCCAGACGAUUUUCAUGAUCGAUCUAGCGUUGUUUAUAAGUUAAUUCUUCAACGAAGCAAGAGGUUAUCUCUUGCUGAUGGUUUCUUGGUUAAUAGCUUCUAUGAAAUGGAGGAAGAUAUAGUGAGAUCCUUGCAAGAACAUAGUGGAAGUAGCAAAAAUAAUGCCCCCAUUUACCUAGUUGGACCAAUCAUACAAACUGGGUCAAGUAACAUGUCAAACAUUUCACAAUGUUUGAGUUGGCUGGAGAACCAAAGGCCUCAAUCAGUUUUGUAUGUGUCCUUUGGAAGUUUAUGUAGCCUCUCUCAACAACAGCUUAAUGAGUUAGCUUUGGGGUUGGAGUUGAGUGGUCAAAAAUUCUUGUGGGUUUUGAGAGCACCAAGUGAUUCAACAAAUCCAACUUUUGUUGGUGCUAGAAAUGAUGACCCUUUACAGUUCUUACCACAUGGAUUCCUAGAGAGAACCAAAGAACAAGGAUUAGUUAUUCCUUAUUGGGCACCUCAAACCCAAAUCCUUAGUAACAUUUCAACUGGGGGAUUUAUAACCCACUGUGGUUGGAAUUCGACACUCGAGAGCAUUGUGAUGGGUGUGCCAAUGAUAACUUGGCCACUCUGUGCUGACCAAAAAAUGAAUGCUAUUUUGCUAGCUGAGGGCCUCAAAGUGGCAUUAAGGCCUGAAUUUAAUAAGAAUGAUGGCACAGUGGAAAAAGAGGAAAUUGCUAAGGUGAUUAAAGGUCUCAUACUGGGUGAUGAAAGGAAUGAGAUUCGCCAAAGAAUAGAAAAGCUCAAAGAUGCUGCUGCUAAUGCAUUCAAAGAACAUGGGUCCUCUACCAGAGAACUUUUCCAAUUUGGCACUCAAAUGGAAAACUUAUUUCUGAGGGAGCCAUUCAAGUAA